CAAGGAUCUCCUAUUUCAGCCCAGACCGCAUGUAAAGCUGCAGAAUCGUCCUUGCUUAACCUUCCAUUGUAGAACCCAUUUCUUCUUCUCCCAGACGAGCAAACCAAGUCAUCAGCAUGUCUACCACCCCCUUCCCGUUCCCCACUGACAACGCACCACCAUCAUUCGGCGACGAUUUUAACAAACAAGUCUCCAGAACCACCAACUCAUUCCUUACCAUCAUCGUCGUUGUUUCGGUGCUGAGCAUCCUGGGAUCCGUCGCCAUAGUCUACUUCGUGUACAGGUGCGUCAAGAAGAACGGCCUCCCGGCCAUCAACAUCAACACCACCAGCCCCGCGCCGGCGGGGAGCACGACGCUGUACGCUGUGGUGCCGGACUCCCAGAUACGGGACGCCACCGUCGAGCGGUUCCUCAAGGAGAUCGCCGGCAAGAAGCCCAUCCGGUUCACUCCGCAGCAGCUCUCGGGCUUCACCAACAACUACUCCGCCCGGCUCGGCGCCGGCGGCUUCGGCGCAGUCUACAAGGGCAUGCUUCCCAACGGCCUCAUGGUCGCCGUGAAGCGCCUCCACCCCGGCCACGACGACAGGACCUCGCAGGAGCAGUUCAUGGCGGAGGUGGGCACCAUCGGGAGGACGCAUCACAUCAACCUGGUCAGGCUGUUCGGCUUCUGCUACGACGCCGGCGUGCGCGCGCUGGUGUACGAGUACAUGGAGCACGGCGCGCUCGACUCGUACCUCUUCGACCGGAGCCGCUACGUCGGCUUCCAGACAUUGCGCGCCAUCGCCGUCGGCGUCGCCAGGGGGCUCCGGUACCUCCACGAGGAGUGCCAGCAGAAGAUCGUGCACUACGACAUCAAGCCCGGCAACGUCCUCCUCGACGGCGGCCUCACGCCCAAAGUGGCCGACUUCGGCCUCGCGCAGCUGCUGAACCGGGCGGACACGCACAAGACCGUCUCUGGGAUGCGCGGCACGCCCGGGUACGCCGCGCCGGAGAUGUGGAUGCAGGCCGGCGCCACCGAGAAGUGCGACGUCUACAGCUUCGGCAUCCUCUUGUUCGAGAUCCUCGGCCGGAGGAGGAACUUCGACGAGGCCGCGCCGGAGAGCCAGCAGUGGUUCCCAAAGCUGGCGUGGACGAAGUACGAGAGCGGCGAGCUAAUGGAAGUCGUGGCGAGUUGUGACGGCGCGUGCGAGGAAGACAAGAAGGCAGCGCAUAGGAUGUGCGAGGUGGCGUUCUGGUGUGUGCAGCAGCAGCCGGAGGCGAGGCCGCCGAUGGGUGUGGUGGUGAAGAUGCUCGAGGGCGAGAUGGACAUUGCUCCGCCCGCGAACCCGUUCCAGCAUCUCAUGGCAACGCCGGCGGCGGCGAACCUGUGGACCACGGGGACGAGCACCGUGAACUCAGUGUCGACCUCGGCAAAUGGUGUUCCUCGUGGUAGCGACGAGAUCGUUUAAGCUAUGGGAUGCUCUACAGUUGACUCGAUCGUAAGCCCAAGGAAACCUUUUCCUUGGAACAAUAGACGUAGAGCAUAGGCAUUGGUUAAACGUUAUUGUAAAAUUUGUACUCCCUCCAUUUCUAAAUAUAAACCCUUUUAAGGAGGGAGUAAUUCACAACA